CCCACCUCCACGGGCCUGCCCGCCCUCCUCUGAACUCACCGCUCCGUGUUCUUCGUGCUCACGCGCAGCGGAUCUCCUUCGUGUCUCGCGCUCAGCUUUGAUCUUUUGUGUCGGCAUGUGUGCGUCGCGUCUCCUGCUGGAUAUGAGGAGUUGCAUGUGUCCCUAGGUGUUGGUCACUUUUCCCUGUUGGAUUUUUUUUUUUUGACGUCGUUUUAGUUGUAUAUAUAUAUUAUUUAUAUAUAUAGUUUUUUAUUCGUAAUCGGGUGUAGAGGAUCUAAGUGAAACAUGUCGAGGAGCGCGGAGGAGGUGAACAAGCUCACCGAGAGCACAUACAAGAGUGUAAUGGACCAGUUCAACCCGGGACUGAGGAAUCUGGUGAACCUGGGAAAGAACUAUGAGAAAGCCGUGGCUGCAAUGAUCCUGGCGGGAAAGUUGUAUUUUGAUGCAAUGUCUAAGAUUGGGGAGAAUGCUGCAGUGUCUCCUGUCUCCAGAGAAUUGGGUGUAGUGCUCAUGGACAUCUCAGAGGUCCACAGAAAGGUUCAUCUUGAGCUGGAAGAAAAUUUUAAGAGGUUCCACAGGGAGAUAAUAUCCGAGCUGGAGAGAAAGACUGACAUGGAUGUCAAAUACAUGACAGCCACGUUCAAGAGGUACCAGAUUGAGCACAAGAUGAAGCAGGACUCUCUGGAGAGAUCCCAGUCGGACCUGAAGAAGCUGAGGAGGAAGAGCCAAGGCAAGAACGCCAACAAGUACGAGAACAAGGAGAGCGAGUGCCUGGAGACGUUGACCAGCCGUCAGAUGGACAUCCAGCUGUUCAUCGCAGACGGCUGUAAGGAGGCUCUGCUGGAGGAGAAGAGACGGUUCUGUUUCCUGGUGGACAAACACUGCAUCUUCUCCUACCAGUUCGCUUCCUUCCACGAGAAGGCCAGAGACAUGCUGACGGCGAAGCUAAACAGCUGGCAGGACCGGUGCAACGACGCGGCCGACAUGCCCGACAGCAUCAUGUCCAUGAUCGAGGGACUGCGCACGCCCGUCUGCAUCACCCCUCUGCCCUCUCCAUCCCCGUCCCGGCACAGCAUGAACAUGUCCACUCCUCCGGCCCCUCCGCUGAAGGCUCAGACCAGUCCUCUGGCUAACAUGUUCACCCAGGAGAACCACAGCACCACUGGCACCAGCACUACCAACAACAGCAUAGACGAGGAGAACAAUCUCGCCAGGUCUGUGUCGGUCGCCACUGGCCUCAACAAUAUAGUGAAGAGGCCGCGAGUGCGCACCAUCUUCCCCCACAACGCCGGCAACAACAACACGCUGCUGAGCUUCGAAGAGGGAGACGUCAUCGCCCUGCUCAUCCCCGACGAGAGAGACGGCUGGAUGUACGGCGAGCUGGAGAAGAGUGGAAAGAGGGGCUGGUUCCCUUCAUCCUACUGCCGUGCUCUCUCCGAGCCUCUCGUGAAUAACAACAGUGUGUCGGGGGUCCCGUACCGCAGUAGAAGUGUGGUCAACCUCCACCAUCAGGACACGGAGACCGACGAGGCGACCAUGGUGCUCCCCCCGGCGGACUACCGUGGCGUCUCGCAGCGCACCGCCGUCAACAACAUCAGCACCAUCGCCACAAACUACAACCACCAGCAUUCCCCAACGCCCUCUGCAGCCUCCUCCUCGUCAGAUCACCACACGGCAGCGCAGCCUAACGGCACCACAAGACCUCAGCCUGCUUACCUCGCGGGAGGGAACCCAUUCUCCACAGUCCGGCUACGUCCAACGGUCACCAACGACCGUUCCGCACCGGUCGUCUGAUCGGUCCACAUUUACGCUCCAUUACCACAACUUCCUGUCCGCCUUCCUGCGUCAUCUGACGGGGACGUGCCGCUCCGCCUUCACUGGUCUGGAACCAGGCAGAACUUGGCCAGCACAGACGAAACAAUGGGAUCCCCUCACUGCUACUCUCACGUUGAAGUAUUCUGGGACCGUUUUAUUUUCCAAAACAGAUGCUCACAUAUUUAAGAUAUAUAUAGAUAUAUAUUUUGCCUAUGUUGUCCCUCCGUCUGUGGUGGUGAUGUUUGAAGGACCACAUGCUUACCGACACUUGAGAAAUGGAUGAAUGAAAGCGGUCAAAGGAAAUACUGCGACGUAUUAAUGCUGAUGUUGCUUGUUCAUUGACGGUUGCCACAGGACAGCAGGAGAGCGCACUUCAGAGGAUCUCUGCAUUGCUCCUUCAGGUCCUUAUUAAAAUGUUGUUGCUGCAAGGACAGAAAUCCCUCCAAAAAUCCUUGGUCCCUCUUGUAUAUACACUUGUUCAACAGUCCUUUGCCAUCUCGACAGGACGCUCGCCUUAAGGACACAAACAGAACUUCUGUAAAGAAAUAUCAGUUCACUGUUGUGUUCUCCAAACUGUGGACAACCGCCUCAUCUUCACAUUGGCAGUGCAACCAUUUCUGCUUUAAUCAUUGCACAUGCAAUUUUAAGACCACAGUCUGUAGACUUGUUUUUGACCCACAUUACAAUCUUAAUAGAAUUUGCUGUAUGAAAAAUAAAGAUGUAUUUCUUCAA